AUGUUCGUCCUGGCGGGGGACCUGCCCUCCCGUCAACCAGGUCAUCCACACGACCGCGGGCGGAGUCCCAUGGGAGACACUGCUCAAGAUCGCCUCUGCUCAGGCCAUGAUGGCCAUGAGGUCAGCGUGGCCCCUGUCAUGAACUUCGAGGCCGCUCCCGUGCAGCCCGGUAUAGACCUCGUCGUCAAGACCGCCCCGCUUCCCAGAGAUCUGGCGGUGAAACUCAAGCCACAACGCAGAGAAUCAGCUCUGCGUGAGGAAACUUCCGUGCUCUUCAUGCUAGGAGACGAUCGUCCUGUGGAGGGCACAAACACAGGUGAACUGGAGCUGUUGAGUCUGGUGACCCCGACAGGCAGAGAACGAGAUUGA